UGAUUAAUUUCUCUCUAGAAGUAGUGAACAAACUGCGUAUACCUGUGCAAGUAAGCAUAAUUGAGGUGAGUUUCGCAGUUCCGUGGGAGGUUUCUGGAGUUAGGCGAGGGCGAAUGUCGAAUUUUCUUAUCGUGGGACGGAGGUGCGCGUGUCAGGAGACCGCGGGAAAAUGAAUAAUGACGAAGCGACCAGGAAGUGAAAAAUGAUCGAAGCAAAAUGAGGAGAACGUAUAACACUGCAGCAGAUGUCGGAACGACCGAUUCCCUCGAACAAACGAGACGUUUGCACAAGGGUAUAACAGAUAUCGCCAAAAGAUUAGAUGAACAAACUAGCCGUGCGUUAACAAUAACAGAUUUAUUUACCCCUUCAGGGGAAACACUACGGGUGAAACUAAAAGAUUAUUGUAUAAGAUUAAAAACUAAAGAUCCUGUUGGAUAUGCACGUAAAACUGAAGAGUUGUUAUGGAGAAAAGCAUUUUAUGAUAUUGUCAAUGCUGCUAAAAAAUUACGGAAGGGUAGUGUAUGGAAUGAAACAGAAAAGGCAGUGUUAUCUGUUCACUUAGCAGUAGGAGUUGGAUUUUACCAUCAUUUGAUAUUGAAACUGCAAUUAGAAUAUGGUUUAGACCUACUUGGUGCUAUUGAUUUUGCAUUUACGCUGAAUGAAACUGUCUCAUCCAAUGCGAAAAAUAAGGUGAAUCAAACUAAAGUUCACACUGAAGAAGUGAAGCAGUGUGUUAUUCGUUUAAUUCAUAGAAGUUUGGUAUGUCUUGGGGACUUGGCUAGGUACAAAUUAGAAUUAGAUCCAUAUUGGGAUCCAAUGAUAGCGCAGAGGUAUUACAAAAUGGCUAUAGCAAUUGAUCCGAACAUUGGAAUGCCACAUAAUCAAUUGGGUACUAUAGCAGGCAAUAAGAAUUAUGGUCUAGAUGCAGUGUAUCACUACAUCAGGUGUGUCUUGUGUACUGAACCCUUUGAAGGAGCAGAAGGAAAUUUGAAAAGGGCCAUUGUUACUCAUUCUAUAUGCACAGAUGAAAAGUGUCUUACAUAUAUAUGUAUUUCAAAAUUAUUUUCUUUAUUACAAUUAUGGGAUUACGAUAUUCCAAAUUCUGACAGAAUAAAUCAGGAAUGUCAGGAUCUUCUGACCAGCAUUGAGACUUGUAUGGCCACCGAACAGUCUGAAUCGACUGUUACAAAUUAUAAUAAAAAUGAGAAUAGCAUUGAAGCGUACCUUCAGAAUUGCAAAAACGAACAAACAAAGUAUUUAACAGAUGACAUGAUUUUCAAAAUAGUGGCUAUAUGCCUGAUGUCCAUUUCAAGAUUGAAAAGCAAAGAAUCCAGCGAGGUGCAAGGUGUUGUAGCCAUAACUUUAGCAAUAAUGUCUCAAAUGAUACAGUAUACAAUAACAAGAUUGCAAGAGUCUUUUAUAGAUAUACCGUUACCUAACAUAGAGGAAGUUUUACAGUCAAACGACAAAUUGUUACAAAAGGAAUGUAGUAAUAAAGCUAUAAAAGAAGAGAACAACACCCUAAAGCAGCGCAAUGAGAACAACAAUGAAGCAAUCUCUGAAGUGAAACAUGCUGUGAACAAUGUAGACGUUCAGAACGGAUCCCGGAAGAUUAAAGAAAAGAAUAAAAGUUUGCUUACCAAACUCCGACGACGGAAACGAAGAAACAGCAGCGAUUCGGAUGCAAGUGAUGGCGAACAGGCGACAGUUGGAUCCUCAAGCGACGAGGUCAAUUCAGACGUUUCCGAGACAGAGGACGAUGUCUUGAGCGAAGGAAACGUUUUGUCGGAUGAUGCAUUAUCAGAAGACGCUUCGGACGAUGAAAGCUCGCGUUUAAAAACGAAACAAGAAAAAGCAGACAGUGCUAAGGUAAAAAAAACAAAUGGACACGUGGAACACGAAAAAAAAUCCGUUAUCACCAACACAGCUAAUGAUCAAGUAAAAAAUGGCGAACAAAUAUCCGACAACCAAACGGAGAAGAAGGUCGACGAUAAUGUUUCUGUAGUUAAUACUGGAAACGGAGAAACGCCUAACACCAAUAACGCUUUUGUAGAUGGUAAUGCAUCGUCGGACAGAGUAACGUACAUUGCUCAACUAAAGAAGCAGAAUUUAAAGGUGGAUCAAGUACUGAACAUUUUAAUUGGAAAGGAUAUACUGGCUUCCAUUAAGAUAUGUUGCGAUUGGUUAAAAAGUAAUCUAGAUAUUAUAAAGAUAUGCGGGAAAAGUUCACGGACUUUGUUGAAGCGUGUUACGAUUUUGUUGAAUUUAAUUAAUAUAGAUAUAAACACCGUAUUAAAAACAUUUAAAGAUGAUAGUAUAAUUUUGUCAUCCGUUGAGAAAUUGAAGGAGUGCGUGAUAACGAUUCCAUUGCCGGAAGACGUCGACUUAAGAGGAUUGAGUCUUCUAGAAGACGCCCAUAAACCGCUCAAUUGGAAGGCGUUGUAUAAGUUUAGAAUGAACAGACGGGAGGAGACUUUGUUGCGUGCGUUAAAAUUAGUCGAAUUCGGAUAUUUUCUUAAUUCCGUUGAAGACGCCGGUGUUAAGUACGACCAGGCGAAGCAGUUGUUCGUAACGGUUGAAUUAAAUUCUGCUAACGCGGUCAAGGAUAACAAGGAAUUGGAAAUGGAUCAUUCGCGAGGAAAGUUGAUGAGACAUAUGGGGAAGUUAUGGCUGAAAGCAGAAGUUUGCGCUUUAGAAAGUCGUUUAAGGUCCAGGUUAAUGUCCCCUUACUUGGUACCUGAUCAUGAAGCUUUAGCUAAGCAUACACCUGCUCUGAAGCGACUGGUGUACGCUAAAAAGUUUAUUAUUGUAAUUCCUAGUGUUGUCGUUUCUGCAUUGGACGAGGUAAAACGCAUCAGCGGACGUGCGAGAGAAGCAACGCGCUGGUUAGAAGGUCAAUUAAAACGUGGUUCAAGAUUUUUACGUGCUCAGAGACCACACGAGCGCUUAGCGUUACCGUUUAUAAAAGGUCCACGACCAAAGGACAAAGAAGCGUGGUUGUUUUUCCAAAUCAUAGAAUGCUGCCAUUAUCUUACACAACAGAUGAAAGUUGGUAUCACUAAUGAUACCGAAUCACCAGUCGUGACCUUAUUAACCGGUUGUAGUCCGGAUGAUAGAAAGGUUCUUACUUUUAGUCCUGAUGGAUUGGCGAAGAGUGCAGGUGUCAAUAUUGAAUAUAUCGAGACAUUUCAAACAAAAUGGAAGGCGUCAAGUAAAAGUCAUGGUUGAGCCUGUUGAGCUGAUAAAGAUGAUCAUCAUCUACUGCUUUCUCAAACUGACGUGAAAGUAAGAGACUGAGCCCUUCUUGAGAGCUGUGAACACGUUCAGCUGUACGGGCGAGUCUGAAAGGGCUGGAAACCCAAAAAGAAACAUCGGCGGUUCUCCUGCGACAAAUCAAAAUGGAACUAAUAUCUUUUCCAUGGAAGAAUUCUAAAUAAUAAAUUGGUUUCCUAUUAACAACUCAUGCUGUCUUUUACGUUUCAACGAAUAAUUCAUAUUUUCAAAUAUAUUUUCUUGUAAACCAUCUCCGGGCAACGAUCAAAUGAAUUUACACAUCAUUUGAAACCCGUUUCGAAUUACGAUUUAAUUGAUAUUAAAAUAAAUUUAUGUUAUAAUCAAACAAAAGGGUGUAUAGAACUUUUCAUUGACUGAAAGUAGCGAACCACUUAUGUAUGGAAUGUUCUUUCACUGAUUCGAGAAGUGUACCACCUUGUGUAUUGCUAUCGCGCAAAACAUUCCGUGGGUAUUUAGUAAUAAUUUCGACGAAAGUUGAAGUUAGCAUUUUCGAAUUUCUAAAUUUCAGUAUAGAAAUAAAAUGAAAUGUAUUUUGCGUAUAGAUUUUUUACGAACGUGUUAUUCGUGCACGACGGUACCUCCAUUUCCGAUUUCAUAAUUCUUUCAAUGAAAUUCAUCAUUCCUUAAUGAUACGACAUAUUUAACGCGUGACGUUACGUGUAACGUCAAUGUGUUAGUGUUUUAAAGUUACGGUAGUGGCAGCGCGACAUAACCUAUUACAAAAUGAUUCGUGGUUUUUCGUAAAUGAGACCAAAACCUAUUUAAUACGCGAGGUUCUUGUAUCGUAAUUUUACAUUCGGUUAGUUGCCGUUCGGUGAAACGCGAUAAUCGUUCCUCCGAGGGGACGUGUUGCGUAUUAUUACGGA